AUGACCCAACAUCAACCCGACCAGGCUGCCGUCCCGCACGUCAACCAGGAGUUCUACUACCGUGCGCCACCCCCGAAUGGCACGGUCUCAUCUGCCCCUGGUGCCGCUUUCCCACCCUACGGUGGCAGUCACCCCCUUGGGUACCGCACCAUUUCUGGCGCCACCGACACAUCUCGUCCCGGCCCAGCCCCUCUCCGCAACGUUCCCACUUACGCCGGCGUCCAGAACGGCAUGAGCUCUCACCCAAGCCCCACUACCGCUACUAGCCCAUACCCAGGGUCAGGCUAUCCCAUGCGUAGCCACUACCCCGCGCAGCCCUCCCCACGCGGGGGAGGCUCACUCUCUCAACAGCAGCAGCAGGCGUAUUACUACCCACUGCAGCCCCAGGCUCUAGACAUGCCUCGUUCUCUUACGUACCCCAACGCCUAUGGCAGCGGUCCCUACAGCUACAACGUUCCCAUGUCUGCGCCUCUCAACGCCGGCGACCCCGGUAUGCCAGGCCUUCAUCGUCACGCGUCGACGACUGCGAUCCCCACCAUGGGAGGCCCUCCUGCCAUGUCCUACGCCUUUGCGAGCCGUUUGCCAUUGACGGACCGCCCCUUCAAGUGCGACCAAUGUGUUCAAAGCUUCAACCGCAACCACGACCUCAAGCGUCACAAGAGAAUCCACCUUUCUAUCAAGCCUUUCAACUGCGAAACCUGUGGGAAGACCUUCUCUCGCAAGGACGCCCUACGCCGCCACUGGAUGGUUAGGGGAUGCCGCGGCGAGGAGGGCGCCACCGCCCCCAUCACCCCAACCUACAACCUCAACGGGCCUCCUCCCGAGUUGUCACCCGGUCCCGACGGCGGCUCCAACCACUCGUCGACCCCCAGUACGGGCAACGGCCCGAAGCUUGCCUACGGCUCGAGCAUGCCGGGCUUUAACCACCCUUCCGCUCCUCCUCCCUUGACUAGCCUUCCUCCUCGCCAGUCGUCGGACCCCCAGAUCCUUCUGACCCCCAAUGACCUCAAGGACAGCGCCAACUCGACCAGCUUGGACCGCAACCCCGAGACCCCCUCUAGCGCCUACUUUGACGGUUCGCGCAAGGACGUCAUGGGUAUCCCUGAUAGCGCAACGUCGUCCACGUUCUCGCGGUACGGUGUGUCUCCAAAGGACGAGCCUCGCCACCACCCUUACCGCCGCGCUCUGCCGUCGCCGGCGGCCCACACUGCGCCUGGUAUGGACGGCCGUUCACUCUUCGACAACCGCCCAAUGUUCCCGAUGACUUACCAGCCCAACACCUCACACCACAUUGUGGCUAGUGACGACGACCUGUCCAAGGACAACAGCAGUAACGGCUCGCCCGAGAACGCCUGGACGCGUACCUACUAG